AUGAAGAUGGGAAAGACUUCAAUGCUCCUUAAGAAGGCGACUUCGAUGUGCAAGAGCAAGACUAGCUUGAUCGCGGCCAGGCUCCUCGUCCUCGCCACGCUCCAACGCCGCAAGAUGGCCGCGGUCGCCAUGAUCUCCAACAAGAUCCACACGCUCAUUGUGGCCGACCGGGAGCGAGUGAAUUGCCACAAGGCUGUUGCAAUGCGCAAGGUUGAGAGUAGACAGACCAUCGUCCGUGGUGGUGACAUGGCGGCUAAUUUCUCUCAUCAGUUGGCCAUGUUGGAUGAAGACGAUGGUCAUGGUGGCUUCCCUGACUGGACAUUCAUGCAUCCGCUCUUCAACGAUGACAUUGACGACAACUGUUGUUACACUGAUGAUGUUGAUAUGUUACUCGAUGCUUGCGAUGCUGGCAACGAUGAACCUUCGGUGAUGGAUGCAGUCAGGAGAAACAAAGAGGUAGAGGGGUUGGAGUUCAACAUGGAGGAGGACAUUGACCAGGCUGCCGAUAUCUUCAUCAAGAGAUUCCGGCAGCAGAUGAACAAUGACUUUUAG